AUGCCCAAGUUCUAUCCAUCGAUCACUCCUGAGCUCCGGGACUGGACCCUCCGCCAGAGCGUCUUUUUCGUGGCCUCUGCGCCCUUGGAAGGACGACAUGUCAAUCUGUCGCCCAAAGGGCUCCCAGACUCAUCGUUUGCUAUCCUUGGUCCCAACGAGGCCGCUUAUGUUGAUGCCACCGGUUCGGGGAACGAGACCAUCUGCCAUAUGCGCGAGAAUGGCCGCAUCACCGUUAUGUUCUGUUCCUUUGAUGCUUCUCCGGGCAUCGUGCGCUUCUUCUGCAAGGGCUCCGUGAUUGAGUGGAACGAGCCUGAAUUUCCGAGCUACCUCAGGCGCAUGGGAGGCAAGCAUGUGGUGGGAGCGCGUGCGAUCAUCCGUUUGGAUGUCUUCAAGACCCAAUUUUCCUGCGGCUAUGGAGUCCCGCGAUUGUCCCUGAAAGUCGACCCCGAGACCCACGAGACCAAGCCGUUUCUCAAGGACCGUGACACACUGGGGCACUGGGCAGGCAAGAAGGUUCAGUCGAACGACCUUCAGGCGUAUCAGAAGCAGUGGAAUGUACGUAGUCUGGAUGGUCUGCCUGGGCUGCGCACCGCGUUGAAGGAUGACCGUCAGUUCAUCUGGCUGGGGCAGAUGGGGAACUGGGUCCGUCGGCACCGGGACGAGAUCGAGAUGUUGAAGUCCUCCGUGUUGGUGCUGUUGAUCGCGAUGGCUAUUCUGAAUUGGGUAGGAUAUGUUCCAUCCGCCAUGAGCCCCCGUCCAAUUCGCAUCGCUGAAGGAGCGUCAGGAUCCUCCGCCGACCGCCGCCAUGCCAUCGCCGAAUUCGCGCGCAACCAUCCCCGGGAUCCGGUCGACGUCAUCAUCGCCGACUUCAUGAGCGAGGCGAACAUGGUCACGGCAGCUGCACGGAAAGUGGACCUGGAUCAGCUAGGAGAUGCACAAACGCCCCCUACUAUUGCCCCCGGAUACGAAGCCUCGUUCCUCUUGGCCCUGAGUCCGGCCCUUGAGGAUCUGGCCAAGCAUGGCAUCAAACUGGCGGUCAACGCAGGCAACACCGACACAGAGGGCCUCUACAAAGUGGUGAAGCAGAUGGUGGAGGCAAAGGGACUAAAGCUCAAGGUAGCCUGGGUAUCCGGAGAUGAAGUCUUGUCGACCGUCAAAGCCGCCCUCUCGUCAGGAAAAUCGCCCUUCACAAAUAUAUACACCGGGGAGUCGCUUUCCAGCUGGUCAUUCGACCCCAUCUAUGCCCAGUGCUACCUCGGUGGGCUCGGAAUCGCCGCCGCCUUAUCCCACGGGGCGGACAUCGUUCUCUGCGGACGCGUAUCCGAUGCCUCACCGGUCAUUGGAGCUGCAUACUGGUUCCACGGCUGGAACCGCACCGACCUCGACCGGCUAGCCAAUGCCUUCGUGGCUGGGCACCUCAUCGAAUGCAGCAGCUAUGUCUGCGGGGGCAACUUCACCGGCUUCAAGACACUGGAGCAUGGCGACCGCUGGACCAACAUCGGCUUCCCCAUCGCGGAGAUCUCCCCCGAAGGUAAGGUGACCAUCACCAUGCAGGCGUCGGCCCCGGGGGGCACCGUCACGGUCGACACCUGCUCCUCGCAGCUCCUGUACGAGAUCCAAGGUCCCUGGUACUUCAAUUCCGACGUCACCGCCAUCCUCAACGACAUCCACUUCGAACAGGUCGGCACCAACCGCGUCGCCGUGCACGGCAUCCGCUCUGGUCCUCCUCCCCCGACCACCAAAGUCGGCAUCACCGCUCGCGGCGGCUUCCAGGCCGAAGCAACCUGGUACCUCGUCGGCCUCGACAUCGCCGCCAAAGCCCGCAUGCUCGAAUCGCAGAUCCGCCAUCUGCUCGCCCCGCACGCCUCCCACUUCACCUCCCUCACCUUCUCGACCCUGGGCUCCGCCGCCGAAAACCCCAACGACCAAGACAGCGCCACCGUCCCCUUCCGCAUCGUCGCCCAGGCCCGUACCGCCGAGGCCCUCGCCCCUAACCACUUCCUCCGUCUCAUCACAGACAACAUCAUGCAGGGCUACCCCGGUGCCACCUUCCAUAUGGACCCUCGUCCGGGCUCCCCUCGUCCCGUCUACGAAUACUACGUCUCCCUCCUGCCCCAAUCCGAUAUCACCCACCUCGUCCACCUCCCCUGGCUCUCACAAACCCUCCACAUCCCCCCUCCCCCAGUAACCAAGACCUACCCCUCCCAACCCACCACCACAUCCUCAUCCGCAUCCCCAUCCCCAUCCCCAUCCUCAUCCCAAGAUUCCUCUUACGGCCCCACCAUCCCCGCCCCCCUCGGCUGGCUCACCCACGCCCGCAGCGGCGACAAAGGCCCCGACGCCAACUGCGGCUUCUGGGUCCGCCACCCCGACGAAUACACCUGGCUAACAUCCCUCCUCACCCUCCCCACCAUCACCGCCCUCCUCGGCGAGAAAUACUCGUCCAACCCGCACCUCGUCAUCGAGCGCUUCGAGCUCCCGCGCAUACGCGCCGUGCAUUUCCUCUUCCGCAAUCUGCUGGAUCGCGGCGUCGGCGUUACCACCACCGUCGAUUUUCUGGGAAAGAAUGUCGCCGAGUUUUUGCGCGCCAGGGUCGUGGAUGUCCCCGUGAGGUUUUUGGGGAGGGGGAGGUUGUAA